AUGUCGAAAAUUUAUAACGAAGGUGGCGUUAGGGCAGGGUGUAUUUAUAGAAUAGCCCUCGAAAAUUUCGUAACUUUCAAACAGGUAGAAUUGUAUCCCAGUCAAUCGUUAAAUCUUAUUAUUGGACCAAAUGGAACUGGUAAAUCUACUUUUGUUUGCGCUAUAAUUUUGGGGCUCUGCGGGAAAACCAGUGUGAUUGGACGGGCUAAAAAGAUUUCUGAGUUUGUAAGAACUGGCUGUGAGCAGGCUACAAUAGAAAUAGAGCUGUACCAGGAACGUGGUAAACAGAAUGUGAUCAUUACAAGGAACUUCAAUCUCAAGGAUGUCUCCACCUGGUAUAUUGAUAAGAAAACUGUAAGGGAAAAACAGGUGCAAGAAUUAAUAGCCUCAUUGAAUAUACAGGUGGACAACCUGUGCCAGCUGCUGCCCCAGGAUCGGGUGCAGGACUUCGCCAAGAUGGACCCGCCCGAGCUGCUGCGCAGCACGCUGCAGGCGGUCGGCGGCCAGGAGAGCGCCGCCCAGCUCGACGAGCUCAUCGAGAGCCGCAACAGGCAGAAGGGGCUGUCCACCAAGCUGCAGAACAACGCGCAGGUGCUGCAGGAACAGAUACGGCUCAACGAGAGACUAAAAGUAGUCAUCGAUGGUAUGAAUGAGAGGAAGGAGAUUGAGAAUAAAAUACUGCUCUGCAAGAAGAAGAAGAUGUGGAUUGAGUAUCAGGACUUAAGGGAGAAGGUCAUUGAAUACACAAACGAUAGAAAGGAAGCAUUGAAACUUGUCAACUCGCACAAAGGCAAAAUGGAACCAUUGGAACGAGUGAUUCAGAGUGCUAAAAACAAUAUAAGCAAGCUAGAACAAGAGAAGUUGUCAGCGAAUCGCGAAAUCCACGUGCUGAAAGACAACGUCAAGAAGACACUGAACGCCGCCCGCCAGCAGGAGUACCAGCUGAAGGAUUUGGAAACCUCGCUCCAGGAGAAGAUGGACAGGAACGCGAACAGAGAGAGAGAGCUGAUUGAGGCCAGGGCGAAACUGGAGAAACUCAUCACCGACAAAAGCCGCCUCGUCGAGACCGUUGGGGAUGAGACACAAGUGAAGAUGGAACUGGCGGAACUACACAAGCCGAUAGCGAAGAUCAACGCAGCGAUAGAGACACUUAAAAAGCAAAAGCUACAAAUACAAUACGACCUCGAAAACAACAUUAUGCCGCAGAUUCGACUCUACCAGAACAAAGUACGCAACCUGGAGAAUAUUGAUGUGGAGCGUCUAAACAAUCUGAGAGCCUACAGCGAGGACUGCUACAAAGCUGUCAUGUGGCUGAGGGAAAACAAGAACAUGUUUCAGCAUCCUGUGUACGAACCGAUGGUUCUCGAGAUAAACUUCACCGACCCGAAGUACGCCCGCUACCUGGAGGCGACGGUGCCGGCCAGAGACCUGGUGGCCUUCACCUUCGAGUGCAGCCAGGACAUGAACCUGUUCCUCCGCAAGGUGAGGCUCGAGGGCGGCCUCAAGAGGGUCAACGCGAUAUGCAGCGCGGGCCGGUUCAACGCUCAGAGGACGGACAUCGGCCAGCUGAGCUACCUCGGUUUUUAUACAUACGUACUGGACACAAUAACCGGCCCGGAGCCCAUUUUGAACUAUCUGUGCAAGCAAUACUCCAUUCACAAGAUACCGAUUGGCAACGACCACACGUACAACAACAGCGGAAAAGUCCCGGCGAACAUCACGUAUUUCUUCACCGCGAACCACAGGUUCACCGUUCGCGUUUCGGCCUACAGCGGAGCCAAGUCCAGCUCCACCAUAGAGAUUAACGAAGCGAGGCUGCUGGCCAACACGAUGGACGUCGAGCAGAUAAACAACUUUAACAGCCAGCUGUCGAGCUUCAAUCAAACGGCGCAGGCGCAUAAGGCGAAAAGCCAGGAGCUGGACGGCAAAGUCUCCGCCCUGGAGGCGAACCUGAACGAACUCAACGUCAAGAGGAAGAAGAUCAACGAUGGAGUAGAGAAGGUCCGCACCAUCGCCGCCCAGAUACGUCUGCAGAAGAAGAAAGUGCAGGACAUAGAGAACGAGCCCGCCCUAAACAUUGAGCAGGAGAAGAAUGCGUGCAAGAGAAGACAGAGGGACUGCGUUGCCGGACUCUGCAAGUACCAUCACGACCUGAGGGUCACAAUGAAACGUUUGCAGGAGAAAGUUCUCAACAUGGACCUUUGGAAGGUUAAAUUGGAUUCCAGCAGGAAUGCUAUAGUACAACAGGAGGCCCAAUUGAGAGAGCUGAAAAAUGAACACAAAAAUGUUCAGGCGACCCUGGAGAAUAUAGAAAACUCGCUGACCCGCGCCAAAAGCGACGCCAAGGAGAAACUGAACGAGGCCAAAAGGUCCUGUGACAACAAACUACCCCAGGACCCCGGCUUUCCCCACAAGGAGGACUUCGAUGCGCUGCCCAAUGACAUAAUCAGUUUGACCGAGCACACAUACGAACUGCAGUCCAGGAUUGAUUGUAUGGAGACGGGGGAUGAGAGGGUGAUAAAAGAAUACGAGGAGAGGGAGCAAUUGAUUGCCAGGCUGAAGUCUGACGUCAACAACUCCAGCGAUAUGAACAAACAGCUCGAGACCAGAAUGAAUGAACUCAAAUCUAAGUGGCUGCCACCUUUGGAGACCCUCCUGAGGAACAUCAACUCGCGCUUCGGCGAGAUGUUCGCCAAACUCGGCUGCGCGGGGGAAAUUCAGUUGGACAAGAGCGGCGGAGAUGAGGAGUUCUCGCAGUACGGCGUGGCCGUGAUGGUGCGCUUCCGCGCGGGCGAGCAGCUGCAGCGGCUCACGCGCCACCUGCAGUCGGGCGGCGAGAGGGCGCUCGCCACCGCGCUCUACCUCAUGGCGCUGCAGGCGCUGGCCGCCGCGCCCUUCAGGUGGGCCCUCAUGCCCUCGACCUCCUUCACCGUACCCCCCUCACACUCAUUCGCCUGGCAGCCCCCACGCUCCUCUCUUCCCUACGCCCUAUCCCUUACCCCAUACCCCCUCGCCUCUACACCUUCCGCACUGUCACUCCUACGCCUCUCAGCCCUCACGCUCCUCUCUUCCCUACGCCCUAUCCCUUACCCCAUACCCCCUCGCCUCUACACCUUCCGCACUGUCACUCCUACGCCUCUCAGCCCCCACGCUCCUCUCUUCCCUACGCCCUAUCCCUUUCCCCCAUACCCCCUCGCCUCUACACCCUUCCGCACUGUCACUCCUACGCCUCUCAGCCCUCACGCUCCUCUCUUCCCUACGCCCUAUCCCUUUCCCCCAUACCCCCUCGCCUCUACACCUUCCGCACUGUCACUCCUACGCCUCUCAGCCCCCACGCUCCUCUCUUCCCUACGCCCUAUCCCUUUCCCCCCAUACCCCCUCGCCUCUACACCUUCCGCACUGUCACUCCUACGCCUCUCAGCCCCCACGCUCUUCUCUCUUCCCUACGCCCUAUCCCUUUCCCCCAUACCCCCUCACCUCUACACCUUCCGCACUGUCACUCCUACGCCUCUCAGCCCUCACGCUCCUCUCUUCCGUACGCCCUAUCCCUUUCCCCCAUACCCCCUCGCCUCUCCACCUUCCGCACUCCCCCACGCUCCUCUCUUCCCUACGCCCUAUCCCUUUCCCCAUACCCCCCUCGCCUCUACACCUUCCGCACUGUCACUCCUACGCCUCUCAGCCCUCACGCUCCUCUCUUCCGUACGCCCUAUCCCUUUCCCCAUACCCCCUCGCCUCUACACCUUCCGCACUGUCACUCCUACGCCUCUCAGCCCUCACGCUCCUCUCUUCCGUACGCCCUAUCCCUUUCCCCCAUACCCCCUCGCCUCUACACCUUCCGCACUGUCACUCCUACGCCUCUCAGCCCCCACGCUCCUCUCUUCCGUACGCCCUAUCCCUUUCCCCCAUACCCCCCCUCGCCUCUACACCUUCCGCACUGUCACUCCUACGCCUCUCAGCCCCCACGCUCCUCUCUUCCCUACGCCCUAUCCCUUUCCCCCAUACCCCCCUCGCCUCUACACCUUCCGCACUGUCACUCCUACGCCUCUCAGCCCCCACGCUCCCCUCUCUUCCCUACGCCCUAUCCCUUUCCCCCAUACCCCCUCGCCUCUACACCUUCCGCACUGUCACUCCUACGCCUCUCAGCCCCCACGCUCCUCUCUUCCCUACGCCCUAUCCCUUUCCCCCCCAUACCCCCUCGCCUCUACACCUUCCGCACUGUCACUCCUACCUCUCAGCCCCCACGCUCCUCUCUUCCCUACGCCCUAUCCCUUUCCCCCAUACCCCCUCGCCUCUACACCUUCCGCACUGUCACUCCUACGCCUCUCAGCCCCCACGCUCCUCUCUUCCCUACGCCCUAUCCCUUUCCCCCAUACCCCUCGCCUCUACACCUUCCGCACUGUCACUCCUACGCCUCUCAGCCCUCACGCUCCUCUCUUCCGUACGCCCUAUCCCUUUCCCCCAUACCCCCUCGCCUCUACACCUUCCGCACUGUCACUCCUACGCCUCUCAGCCCCCACGCUCCUCUCUUCCCAACGCCCUAUCCCUUUCCCCCAUACCCCUCGCCUCUACACCUUCCGCACUGUCACUCCUACGCCUCUCAGCCCCCACGCUCCUCUCUUCCCUACGCCCUAUCCCACCUCACCCCAUACCCCCUCGCCUCUACACCUUCCGCACUGUCACUCCUACGCCUCUCAGCCCCCACGCUCCUCUCUUCCCUACGCCCUCCCCCUCUCACCUACACACCCCUCAAGGCCCCUCGCCUCUAUGCCCUCCCCGCUCUCACUACUUCUCCCUCCCCUCAGGCUCUUCUCGUUUCUACGUUCUCCCACCUCGCAUCUACCCAAACCCCCUCUCGCUUCCACACGAAUCGCCUACGCUCCUAUGCGCUACACCCUGACCCCUACGUUCUUCCACUCUUGCUGCUACGCGCCCUCAACCUCCUCUCACUCCCUACGAAUCCCGCCUAUCCCGCUCGCCCCUAAUAACUCCCCCUAUCACGCCUUCCCCCUCCCCCUCUCUCUGCCCACGUGCGUGGACGAAAUCAACCAGGGAAUGGACCCGAUCAACGAGCGCAAGAUGUUCCAACUCCUCGUGAAGGUCACGACGGAGUGCGACACCGCGCAAUAUUUCCUGCUGACCCCCAAGCUCCUGCCAAACUUGGAGUACAACCCGAAGAUCACCGUCCACACCAUCAUGAACGGCCACCACAUAAUGAACUACAGACAGUGGGAGUUCGAGAAGUUUCUGAGCAACGCACGACAGUACCGUCCGAAA